AUGGGUCUUCUCUUCCUGGAUUUAAUUCUCCCUCACUUCUUUAUCCUGAGGUCACAUGACUGUACCUUCUCUCUCUCUCAGGCCAUAGAACUCUCUUGUUUUUGCUCAGUCAAUGAUUUCUUCCUGAUUCUCCUCUUUUCUGAGUUCUCUCUCUCUCUCUUUUAUCUUCUUCAGGUCACUGAUAUCUUUCUUUUUUUUUCUUUCUCCUUCAUGUCACUGAUAUUUCUCUUUUUUUGUUUAUUUCUUCUUCACAUCACUAAUAUAUUUUUUUCUUUCUUCUUUGGGUCACUGAUAUAUCUCUUUUUUUUUUUUUUCACUUUUAGUCAGUCACAGAUCUGUCCUCUCUUAUUUUUGUUUCGGCCACUGUUGUUUAUCUCCUUCCUCCCUCCUCCUUGUGACCUUGGGGUCACAGAGCUGUUCUCUCUCUAUCUCUCUCUUUUUCCUUUAGGCUACUGGUGUUCUCUUCCUGUCUGUUUUUUUUCCUCCUUUUACCUUGUAGUCACAGAGUUGUUCUUUAUCUCUCUUUACCUUUGGGCUAUUUGUGUUCCUUCCUAUAACCUCUCUCUCUCUUUGUUUCAGGUUACUGCCACUAAGUUUUUCUUUCUCUUUCCCUCUUUUGAGCAACUAAAUUUCUUUCUCUCUCUUAGGCCACUAAGUUUCUCUCACUCUUUUUUCUCUCUCUCUCUUUGUUGGAUACUAAAUCACUCUAUCUCUCAUGUGCUCUCCCUUUUCUUUUUUCAGUUCAUCUUGCUCUAUUUUGCCAUCUCUUCCUUACUCUACACGCACACAUUUAUUCUUUUAUUUGCUUACUUUCUUUCCAUUUUUCCCAAUUCUUCAUAUCUAUAG